CUGGGACAUUUUUAUUGUUGAAUCAACCUACAAUAACAAUGGUGUCUUUCGUGUCCAGUACACGUCUAUUCACGGGAUUCUAUCGAACGACAACGGAGCAUUUUGGAAAAUGCUUGAGAAAUCGUCUAGUUUUCACAAGGAGCUGUAAUAUGCAGCGAGAAACCACCACUAUGGAUACCGUAUACCCUCAGUUUCAAAGGUUUUUGACAGAUAUCCUGAAGGCAAGUCCAGACAAAUACCCCAAGUCAUAUCAUCUGAAGCAGUUCGGUUGGAACGAUUUCAACAAAAUUGGAGCCAUUCACCCUCAUUACCAUGUGGGAUACAGUCUGCUGGCAGCACUACAGCAUUCGCCAGCCGCUGCAGAUGGUGACCCUGACAAGAGCACCUCUUACUUUGGCCGCUGUUUCAGUCUCAACUUCCUCCCUGCAUACCACUCUACUAAUUUCGUUUCCAGGCCAGUCAGAUACGAUUCCUACAUUGCCUAUCUAGGUAGGACAUCUACGUACAUCGGCAUUGAACUUCGAGAUGACGAGUCCGACCUGCUUUACCUGACGGGUCAAAUGCAAUGCAUGACGAUUGACCUGAAAGAAAAGAAGCUCCUACCGGUUAGCCAGGAAUCAAUCAAGAAGUAUGAGGGUAAGAUCACGCUGAAGGAGGCCCCAAAGAGGCAUCAGUUCAUGCCAGCGCAGUUUGCGAAAGAUGAUGUCUUCAAGUGGAAGACUGCAGUUCAGUGGAGUGACGUGGACCACAAUGGCCAUGUCAAUCAAAUGCCGUACAUGCGAUUCAUCUACGAUGCAGGGAGUUCUGCAGCUGUGGCGGGGUACCUCAAGUCCUUCCACCGUGAGCUGAUCCACUAUAGAUUGAAGACCUACGCUGUGGAGUACAUUAAUGAGAUCCAUCAAGGACAAGAGCUUAAGAUUCUCUGUUGGGAGGCGAAGGACAGUCCGGGUACAAUCCAUUUUGAACUUCAUGUUGAAGGUCAUGUUGUCAGUAGAAGCCAUCUGAUAUUCGAUGUACAGCCGCUGGCCAAACUCUAGAAUCGACAUUCCUUUUAUGAGACCUUUUGUCGAAAGACCGAGCAACGUCUUUCGUUAAGGGGAGCGUUCCAUGAACGGAUCUUGUCAGACGUUUUAUCCGACAGUUAGGCUAGCUACCACAGUAAAACUGCAAUCAACAUCAAGGAAAGUUUUCAGAUCUGAAAACUUGUCGGACAAAAUUGUUGAUGAAAUGCUUCCCAGAAUUCCUACAUGCAUCCUUUCAUCUCGAAUCCACACAAAGACGGUGUGAAAAGAAAAAAAAAAACCGUCAUGGAGUUCCUUUCGUGGAGCGCACUUUGUUAAAGCGCCCCCAAUGAUCAAGGCGGAAAAAGGGUAGGAACAAAGUCGUUGCCCGACUAGACAUCACAACUAUU